AUGUUUUGUUCAUUUUGCAAAAACAUCGAUGGGAUCAAACAGUUUAAACGAAAAAUUUGCAACUUCGGUCAUAUUCUAUGUGAAAAAUGUGAUAAAAAUAUAGAAAACUGUCCGGCGUGUGAAACUAAAUUUUCAAAGAUUGCAAUGCUUAACAACACCCCGAGACUUUUCAUCGAUACUCUUACAAAUAGUGAAGAAACAUUUAAUGAUAGGAAAAGUGUAAUAUCGAAAUCGGAUAGUAUGGAAAAAAUGCUUAGAGAAAUUGAAAGUUGUGAAAAACGUAAAAAGGAAGAAAACGAUCUUAUCGAUCCUACAUAUUUUAAAUAUUUUGAAGUUGUUAGUAAGAAAGAUGAUCAAACAAGCUCAGAAAAUUCAGGUUCACUCAAUGAAGAAGAAGAAUUUGAAAUAAUGAAGUGUUAUGAAAAAGUUGAAAAGAAAAACAAUGAGAGAAAAACUUCAGAAUGCAAAGGAAAGUUUACGAUGUGCUCGUCACGAGACAAUCAAAAUUCUGUUUUGACUCAUCGUGAAGUUCAAACAUCUUUUGCUUACAAUGAAAAUACUUCAAGAUCUGCAAAUAAAAGCAAGACAAGUGAUAUGAAUCAAGAAGCUCAUUCCAUUGGUUGCUAUGAUUUUGGAGAUCAAUCAGCAAUUAGUUUACAAAGUUCUGUUUUUGAAAUUUAUAAGAACCCAAACUCAAUAGAUGAAUCAGACACUUUGCAUUUCACUUCAUUGGCAGUAUCAAGAACCAGCACACCUCCACCAGAUUCACCACCCAAAUCACUCUUUUCAUCAAUCGCUCAUCGUGUUAAAUUCUCUCAUUCUUUCAACUUCGAAUCUACUCGUGCAGAACCGAUUUUAGUUUCCCAUCAGGAAACUUUAGAUUCUUCAAAUGACCAACAACGAAAUCAAAGCAGAAAACUUUCAAGAUUUCCUGUGCCAUGUCCGAUAUCUCAUUGUGAAACAUGGAGCGUGCCAUCGGAUUUCUGCAAUCAUUUGACCAUCGAUCAUCCUUGCAUUGACGUGUUGAAAGUUGCUCCAGGAAAAAUCAUAAAUAUGAAAUUAAACUUUAGAGGAAAUCCAAAUAUUGUCAUGUGUCAAAGAAUGUUUCUAAUUAAAGAUAAAAUGACUGACAUCGGUUAUGGGACUUUCGAAAAUUGCCUUCCUGUCGUUCUUAUGACAUCAAAUAUGACUCUUCAAAAGAUUUUUGGUUUCCCAAUUAACGACGAUUCGUUGUACGUGUGGUUGGUUGGAGUUUACGAUUUCCAAUUAAGCUACACAAUCACUCUCUGGACCGUCGGUCGCGAUGAAACUGAGCCAACAUUCUUAAAAUCUAUGUCGAACUUUACUUAUCUUAUGAAGAAACCUCUAAAUCCGGCAGGAAUUAUUUCGAAUGCACUGUCGAUAGUUGACAUUAAAAAGCACAUAAGAGAUGGUCAAAAAUUCCUUUCGUGCCAAAUUACAUUUCAUUGA